AUGGCGCCCCAGCCCAACCCCGACGAGCAAGCCUUCAGCGCCAUGAAAGCAGCCAUCUCCCACGGUGCCACCAUCUGGUCAUCCUCCUCCGUCUACGGCAUGCCACCUCAGCCUCCCACAGCAGGCUUACACCUCCUGCGGCGCUACUUCGACGAGUACCCCGAAGAUGCCGAAAAGGUAACUCUCUUCAUCCGAGCCUGCUUAGACCCGGAAACCUUAUCCCCGACAUGCACACGCGCAGGCGUCCGUGCAAGCUUCGACGAGUGUAGAAAUGUCCUCGGCAACGCUAAAAAGAUAGAUGUUUUUGGGCCAGCGCGCAUGGAUAAGAAUGUGCCUGUGGAGGAAACGAUAGGGGCAUUACGCGAGUUAAUGGCCGGGGGAUUGAUUGGUGGAGUUGGGUUGUCGGAAGUGGGUGCAACUACUAUCCGCAAGGCGCACGCGGUGUGUCCGUUGAGUGUGGUCGAGGUGGAGUACUCCUUGUGGAGUACGGAUAUCUUGGAAAAUGGGGUUGCGGUGGCUUGUAAGGAGCUGGGUGUACCAAUUUUGACCUAUGCGCCGCUUGGGUAUGGGUUUCUUACGGGCCAGGUGAAGAAGUUGGAGGAUAUCCCGAAGGGGGAUAUUAGGCAUUGGUUUGGGAGGUUUCAGCCGGAGAAUUUCCCCAAGAACCUUGAAUUGGUGGAGAGAAUCAACGACUUAGCCAGGCAGCGCGGCGUCACUCCCGCCCAGUUAGCCCUCGCCUGGAUCCGCGCUCACUCUAACUCUGGGCCCUGUGGUACUAUCAUCCCCAUCCCUGGUGCGACGGCAGCUUCUCGUGUCGAAGAGAACUGCACGGCGGUUCCGCUGGCAGCUGAGGAGAAAGAGCAGCUUGAUGCGGUUAUGAAGUCGUUUGAUGUUGUGGGAGAGCGACAGGUCGUGGGGAUGAGUUCUGAGUUGUGGGGUUGA